UUUGACGCUCAAGACCAACUCGUUUCUGUGACUGGCGAGUACGUUUGGCAGUCUCCAGCAGUGUCUGAUAUCCGUGGUCCAUGCCCAGGACUCAAUGCCGCUGCAAAUCAUGGAUAUUUGCCUCGAAACGGUAUCGCCACGAUUGAGCAGACCGCUGCCGGCCUGGAGGCUCUCUACAAUAUGAAUCCUGUCUUGGGUGCUGCUCUCGCUGCGUACGCUGUCGCUACUGAUGGCAAUGUUGUCGAAGGUGUGUGGUCAAUAGGUGGACCACUCCCUUCAGAUCCCCUUCUCGGUAGCUUGCUCGGCGACGGUCAAGGUAUUUCAUACAGCCACAACGCUUAUGAGGGCGAUGCCUCGAUCGGACGCAAUGAUGCCUAUCUCAACAAUGGAGAUGCUCACUCCCUCAACAUCACAAAAUUCGAACAAGUCUACGCCGUUGGCGGCGCAGAAGACCGCUACACCCUCGACAAAUUCCGUGCUCGCUUCGAAACGGUCCAAGACGAGUCCAUUGCCAACAAUCCAUACUACUUCACAGGAGCGUUCUCUACAGUCGUUGUCGUACCUGCUGCGUACAACUUCGUCAUCAACUUCAUGUCCAACCAUACAGCUCAAGAGCCAAGCGGUUGCCUAGAUGGCUACAACUUCAAGAGCUUCUUCGGCGUCACCGGUCAACCAGGUAGUUUCGUCUGGCAACGUGGCCAAGAACGUGUGCCAGAUCAAUGGUACCGACGCCCAACAUCCAACCAAUACACCGCUCAAGACGUCUUCCUCGACGUCGGAAUCGGAUACGCAGCAUACCCCAAUACUUUGAAAUUCGGCGGCAACACAGGAACUCCCAACUCUUUCGUCGGUCUCAACGUCGCGAACCUCAGCGGAGGCGUUUACGACGCGCAAGAUUUGUUCCAGGGCGAUAAUCUUGCUUGUUUCUCAUUCUCGGUCUUGCAGGAAGGGAUUCCCGAUUUCUUGAGCAAUACGCUGAAUUCGAUGUCGGCUGUGACGAGUUUGAUUAAUCAGUAUUUUGGUCCGAUUGUUGGCGGGUUGAAUUGUCCGCAGAUUCAAGGACAGAGUACGGGAUUGUUUAAUCAGUUUCCGGGAUACAAGUACAGUCCUAUAGGACCGGCUACUAAUUACUAA